GUGGCUUUGGUGCAGUGGACAGAGAGUGUUGGUCUCACUCUGGUUAACAGGGAUUUGACCUCGAUGCAGCUGAAGACUCCUGGUGGACACAUUCUGACCUACUACAUUCUGCAGAUCUUUCCCUUCACUUCUGAGAGCAAGCGCAUGGGGAUCAUCGUUAGGGAUGAAUCUUCAGGAGAAAUUACAUUUUACAUGAAGGGUGCGGAUGUUGCAAUGUCCGCUAUUGUGCAGUACAAUGAUUGGUUAGAAGAAGAGUGUGGUAACAUGGCCCGAGAAGGACUGCGUACGCUGGUCGUUGCCAAAAAAUCUUUGACUGAAGAACAGUAUCAAGAUUUUGAGAGUCGGUACAACCAAGCAAAGUUGAGCAUACAUGACAGAAACCUCAAGGUUGCUGCUGUUGUAGAGAGUUUGGAGCGAGAAAUGGAAUUGCUCUGUCUCACUGGAGUGGAAGAUCAGCUGCAAGCAGAUGUUAGACCAACUCUAGAGAUGCUGAGAAAUGCUGGAAUAAAGAUAUGGAUGUUAACAGGAGAUAAACUGGAGACAGCAACUUGCAUCGCGAAAAGUUCUCACUUAGUGUCUAGGACUCAAGAUAUUCACAUUUUCAGACCUGUUACUACUCGAGGAGAGGCUCACUUAGAACUAAAUGCCUUUAGGAGGAAGCAUGACUGUGCCUUGGUGAUAUCUGGGGACUCACUUGAGGUUUGUCUGAAAUACUACGAGCACGAGUUUGUCGAGCUGGCCUGCCAGUGCCCUGCCGUGGUGUGCUGCCGCUGUUCUCCCACCCAAAAAGCUCAUAUUGUCAAGCUGUUGCAGCACCACACUGGAAAACGCACGUGUGCUAUAGGUGAUGGAGGAAAUGAUGUCAGCAUGAUCCAAGCAGCAGACUGUGGAAUUGGAAUUGAAGGCAAGGAGGGAAAACAAGCUUCCCUAGCAGCUGACUUCUCUAUCACACAGUUCAAACACAUAGGUAGGCUGCUGAUGGUCCACGGUCGAAACAGUUACAAAAGAUCAGCAGCACUUGGGCAAUUUGUCAUGCACCGAGGCCUUAUUAUUUCAACUAUGCAGGCUGUAUUUUCAUCAGUCUUCUAUUUUGCAUCUGUUCCCUUGUACCAAGGAUUCCUAAUGGUAGGGUAUGCAACCAUAUAUACUAUGUUUCCAGUCUUCUCUCUGGUGUUGGAUCAGGAUGUGAAGCCAGAAAUGGCCUUGCUGUAUCCAGAACUUUAUAAGGAUCUCACAAAG